AUGUAUAACGUACUCACAUCAUUUUGGUCUAAAUCACCAACAUCUACAAAUAAUAAAACUCGAUUAUCAUCUAUCAAUUCAUCUGAUUUAUCAAUUGAUGAAGAUGGCUGGGUUCUUGUUUCAGAUAAAGUAUCAACGGUAGCACCAACAGCUAAUGAUAAUAAUAAUAAUAAUAUUAUGACAAAUAGUUGGGUAGCAUCACCACCGUUAAUGAGAACUGGUGAAUCAUCUCUAAUCAAUAGAGCAUCGUCGCCAACUACAACACAUCAUUUCAAUCCAAUUGAGAAUUUACUUAUCGAACAUGCGAGUAUGAGUGUUUAUGAACAAAUCGCUUCACGAACACGUUAUAAACGACAUAGAAAAGUUGUUCAAGAUAAUUUGCUUGAUGAACAAGUUGAAGAUGACGAUGAUGAUGAUGACGAUGAUCGAUCAUCUGUUGUUCUUCAAUAUGCAUCUCAACAUCCGAACUUAACUUCGAUUCAUGAUCGAAAUGUAAAUGCAUCAUUCAGUCAUUCAAGAAAUUCGUCAAUAUCACCACUUGAAUCAUCAACAUCUUCACUUAUGGCUCAUCAACGUCAUUUACAUCGUACACAUCAGCAACAACGUCGAAGACAACGAUCAGUGAAAGCAUCAUCAAAAUUAAUUUUAGCGAACAACAUUGAUGAAACAAAACAACCAUCAAAUAAAGUUAUCGAACGGCAACGUUUCAAUUAUGCUCGCACACCGAAAAUUAUUCUUCAUCAGCCGUCGCGUUCAAAUCAUUAG